AUUACUCAAUCCACACUGGUCUCUGAAAGCAAAUAAGCUUCCUUGCACAGUACCCUGAAAUGUGGGAGCAAAAUGAAAAGGUCUUCUUUGUUGUUUAGGGAUUUAUCAAAGAACCACCAUGUGAACUUAACAAGACCUAUCUCAGGUCUUUCUCUUUGGCUGACAAAGCCAUUAAUCUGUAACUUUGUUUCUUUGUAGGUGCUGACAUUUGCCUGGGGAAAAGCUUGUCAUGAGAUGCAGCAAAAUGAGACCCUUCUCCAUCACGAGAACCAAUCCCAUGGUCCUCUUGCAUUGCCAUGAUAUUCUACCUAAAGAAGCACAAUCAAAAUGAGGUGCAAAAUGACUGUGUUUAAUUAAGAACAUAAUGGCGUACAGAACAGAAUGGCAACGGGAUACAUAAGAGCCCUUUUCCUGCUCAGCUCUUAACACGGGCAAGAAUGUGAUUCCAGGGUUUGGGGUUGCUCCUUCUCCACGGCCACUGUCGAUUCUCUGUGAUCACUCCCUGGGGACCCAGAAUAGGAUGGGUGAUGGACUUGUAAAGGGAGGUGCUAGUCUCCAUGGAGCUUUCUCUCCCCACCCAGUGGGUGCGGAAUUCCGCCAGGAUCAGGAGGCUGCUGCAGACAAGCCAGAGCUCUCUGCUCCUCAAUUCCAGCCUCGACACCAAGACCAGAGAUGUGGCCUCUGAGUCUGUGGGCCUCUUCUUCAUGCUCUUGAUUGACUUGACAGCCAUUGUAGGCAAUGUAGCCAUUAUGACGGUCAUCAUCAAGACGCCUGCACUGAGGAAGUUCGUCUUUGUGUUCCACCUCUGCCUGGUGGAUCUCCUGGCUGCUGUCACCCUGAUGCCUCUGGCUAUGCUGUCCAGCUCAGCCUUCUUUGACGGCACAGCCUUUGGGGACGCCAUAUGCCACAUCUACCUGUUCUUGAGCGUCUGCUUCAUCACCAUGUGCAUCCUCUCCAUCUCGGCCAUUAACGUUGAGCGCUACUAUUACGUGGUGCACCCCAUGCGCUACGAGGUGAAAAUGACUGUGGGCCUGGUUGUCUGUGUCCUGGUUGGUGUCUGGAUCAAGGCUGUGGUCAUGUCCAUCAUCCCUAUCCUGGGCUGGCUCUCCCAAGACCGUGCCAAUAGUUCAGCAGCCUAUGGUGGACAGAGGUGCACCUUGCAGUGGAGUCGGAGUGCCUACUGCAAAUUCUUUGUGGCUUUCUUUGCUCUUUUCUACUUCCUCUUGCCUGUCCUCAUCAUUUUGGUUGUCUACUGCAGCAUGUUCAAAGUGGCCAGAGUGGCUGCCAUGCACCAUGGCCCACUCCCCACUUGGAUGGAGACCCCACGGCAGCGGUCAGAAUCCCUUAGCAGUAGAUCCACUAUGGUGACUAGUUCAGGAGCCCCUCGGACUACCCCUCAGAGGACGUUUGGGGGUGGGAAAGCUGUCAUCAUCCUCCUGGCCGUGGGGGGCCAAUUCCUCUUCUGUUGGCUGCCAUAUUUCUCCUUUCAUCUCUACUCUGUGCUGAGCUCCCAUUUCCCCGGCCGCCAGACAGAGAAUGUGGUUACUUGGAUUGGCUACUUUUCCUUCACCUCCAAUCCUUUCUUUUACGGGUGCCUCAAUCGACAGAUCCGAGGAGAGCUGAGCAAGCACCUCACCUGUUUCUUCAAGCAGCCACCAGAGGAAGACCUCAGGUUACCCAGCAGAGAAGGCUCCAUUGAGGAGAACUUCUUGCAGUUCCUACAAGGGACGGGUUGCAAUGCUGAGGCCAGAAACACUCUUACCCAUCCUAGCCCUAAAAGGGACCAGCCGACCAUUGAUUUCCGGAUCCCAGGUCAAAUUGCAGAAGAGACCUCGGAGUUCCUGGACCAGCACAUGAACAGUGACAUCACUGUAUCCAACAGCUACAUCAGGGCUGCAUGUUCACCCAAACCUGAGUUGUAGCUCUUUUUGCACUUGACAAUCUAGUUUCAUUGAUGUGUGAAAUAAUGCAGAACAUAGCAGCUGGUGAAGGGCAGGGGAGAUUGGGAGCACUUAAUAAAUACACCCAUGGCAUUUGGGAACUUAUCGCUCCAAGAAACAG